AUGUCCUCCAUUCCCGCGCAGUCAGCUCCUUCAGAGCCUCAGACCAAGAUCGCGCUUGAGUCCAAGGUGAUUGCCAUCACCGGCGCCAACCGAGGAAUCGGCCUCGGCAUCGCAGAAUGCUGUCUAGUGAACGGCGCCGCACGCGUGUACUCAAUCGACAUCAAUGAACCAGGCGACGAGUUCCAAGAACUAUCUACCCGCUUCCCAAAACAGGUGUUUGCAAUCCAAGCCGAUGUAACUCAAGAAGCGAGCAUCUCAGCUGCAGUUGACAAAAUAGUUGAGGAGGGUGGGGCCCUGCAUGGAAUGGUUGUGAAUGCAGGACGAACGAACCAUAAGUCAGCCUUGGACUUUACAACGGAAGAGAUCGAAGCGCUUUUCUCUGUUAACCUGUUCGGAGCAUUCUACACGGCGAGAUGUGCCGCUCGGGCAUUCAUUAAACUUGGUAUCAAGGGGGCGAUCGUCUUCACUGCUUCAAUGGCCUCCUACCGCCCCAACAAGCGCGUCCCGUCAACCCCCUACGGCGCGUCAAAGGCCGGAAUUCGUAAUAUGACGCAUACGCUGGCGAUGGAGUGGGCUCCACAUGACAUUCGUGUCAACAGUGUCUCUCCUGGCCUGGUCAAUACCGCAAUGACAUAUUGGGUUCCGCAGCAGCCUGAUUGGGAACAACAACUCAAGUAUUACGGUGGGUUUUCUAGACUGGCUGAAGUUCAGGAGCUGGGUGGCGCCUAUGUUUACUUGCUGAGUGACGCUGCUUCGUACACGACAUCUAUUGAUAUCCCUGUAAAUGGGGUUAUUGGAAUUUGUUAA